CUGCCCUCUUGCAGAGCACCCACCCAUCCCGCGCACCAAGAUGUCUUGCUACGACCUGAGCCCACCGAAAACCAGCGUCGCCGUCCCCCAGCCCAUCGCCGAGAGCUGCAACGAGCUGUGCGCCCGGCAGUGCCCCGACUCGACGGCCUUCAUCCAGCCGCCCCCCGUGGUCGUCACCUUCCCCGGCCCCAUCCUCAGCUCCUUCCCCCAGCAAGCCGUGGUGGGCUCCUCCGGAGCACCCGCCUUUGGGGGCUCCCUGGGGCUGGGAGGCCUCUAUGGCGCCGGGGCCACCCUGGGCUCGGGGGGCCUCUGCACCUUUGGCAGACCCUACGCUUCUCCCGCCUGCAGCCCUUGCGUCUUGCCCCGCUACAGCAAGAAGCUCUGGGACACCUGUGGGCCCUGCUAG